GUGACGGUGAUGCGCGACGGCGUGCGCGCGACGAUCGACGCGCGCGAGGGCGAGACGCUGGCGAGCGCGUUGGCGCGAGACGCGACGAUGAAAUCCGCGGUGCCGGUGAUGAGCAUCGAUCGAGGACCGGACGCGCACGUCGUGAUUCCCGAUGCAUUCUUGAAGCGGCUCCCGGCGCUGGACGCGCUGGAGAUGGAUAAACUAGAGGACGUCGCGGCGGGGUUGGGCGCGAAUUCGCGCCUGGCGAGUCAGGUGACGCUGACCAAGGAGGUCGACGGAUUAGUCGCGGCGAUCGCGAAAGUGUACCCCGAGAACCCGAUGUAA